AUGACUUUAUUACAACCUUACUUAGACAAAGGUCACAAUCUAUUCGUAGAUAGUUGGUUUACAAGUGUUAGUCUUUUUGAGAAACUAUUUGAAAGAUCAACUGGUGCGUGUGGAACUGUUAGAAAAGAUAGAUUAGGUUUACCUGAAUUUGAAGCUAAAAUUGAAAAAGGUGAACAAAUUUAUAGAAAUACAAACAACAUGCUAGUCUUGAAAUGGCAUGAUAAAAGGGACGUUAUAAUGUUAACAACUAUUCAUGAACCUCAAAUGAAAUAUACCAAAAGAAGUAACACAACAAUUCAAAAACCAGCUUCAGUAAUUGAUUAUAAUUCUAAUAUUCACACGAUUGAUAAAGCUGAUAUGCAAAUUAGUUUGGUCGUAUAUUUAAGAAAAUCUAUAAAAUGGUACAGAAAAUUAUUUUUUUAUAUGCUUGAUUUAUCAGUCUACAACUCAUAUUUACUUUAUAAAAUCAAUACCAAAAAGAAAAGAAAAUUUGUUGAUUAUCGUUUACAGCUUAUUCGUGAAAUCUUACAAACUUAUAGUGUUCCAAAACCUACGAUAGGUCGACCUGCACUGACUAAUCUACCAACCAGACUUACUGGUAGACAUUUUCCAUCUCUUAUACCUCAAACAACAAACAAGGAAAAUCCUCAGAGAAAAUGUGUUGUAUGUGCACACACUGAUCGAAGACCAAGAAGAAGGACUGAUUCACGUUAUAUCUGUGAAGACUGUGAUGUAGCUCUUUGCGUUGUUGGUUGUUUCGAAGAAUUUCAUACUUUAUUACAUUUUUAG